AUGAUCAUGGUUCCUGCUGGAAACCUGUCUAAACGAAACCAUCUUCCUUGCCACGGCAGCGGCGGCGGCCUCGAUAUUUACGGUUGUAGAGGUGGCGGUUGUGCAGAGAAUUUGGGUCUUAUGAGGUGUGAAUAUCGGACUGAAGCUUGUUUAGGAUCUGAUCUAGGAGCUAAUCACAUGGCCGACGAUGCAUCGAGAACUAAUAGUCUUAAUGAGGUAGGCUCCAGCUCCAAGGAUUACAAUCAUCAAGAAGAAGAGGAGGGAGAUGAAGGUUGGCUCCAACUAAGUAUAGGUGGUCAUCAAGCAACAAGAAACCAUCAUAGCAAGCAUGACCACGGCGGUUUCGCCACUUCAUUAUUCCUUCUACAACCAGGAAGCAGCUCCAAUACAUUUAGGCCUAUAGGAGCAGCCGGUUCCUCCUCGUCAUCGGUGCCGUCGGGCUCCUAUUUUACCCGACCGUUCCGAUUGCAACCCGGCAUCGAUGUCGCUGGGCCUAGCUCCGAUGUUAGAAUCAUUGAUCCUCCUAGAAGACCCCAUUCUGGCAUUUGGUUUAUGUUACAAGCAUCAGAAAAUCAAGCAAAAGAACCGUUCUUGCCUCAAAUACCAAAGAGCUACCUGAGAAUCAAGGACGGGAAGAUGACGGUACUGUCGGUAAUGAAGUAUCUGGUUAACAAGCUGAGUCUGGACAGCGAGUCCGAGGUGGCGAUAAGGUGUAGAGAGGAAGAGCUCCAACCUUCCUUGACGUUGCAGCAUGUGAGAGAUGAAAUAUGGAGUACUACUUCAAGAGACGGCGUCGCUUUGCUUCCACAUACCCCAACGCCACCUCAUCACCCCAAUCUCAUGCUUCUGCUCUAUGGUAGGAGAGCUUGA